AUGAUCAAAAAGAACUAUAAGUUCAUUAUCAAGACUAUGGCUAAAAGAAUCUGUGAUUGAGGAAUUAAAGUACCUACUAAAAGCGAAGAAACGCAAUUUGGAGGCACCACAGCUCCCUUAUGAAGAAAUCCUUCUCAAUGUAUUUUCCUCAUAAUAGGAAUUAUAAAUACCCUCAUUUUCUUCAUAGAGUUAAUGGUCGUUGGGAUAAGUCUUGGCUUCAACACGAGCUGCUCAUCAGGAUUAGAAUAUGUCAGGAAUCUAACAAUAUUUUUUUUCUUCCUAAAUGGCAUGUAUCAGCUCUGAAUCUCUGCUCAUAAAUGGACAUCUGAUACUCAAUGAUUUCGAUUCAUUGCAAUUUCUACAGUUUUAAAUGCCUUUCUGCUAUUUUUGGUUUUUAUGAUGAUAUCAGAACUUUCAGCAAACAAGGAUUGCAGAAGCAAAGAUGUAAGCACUUAUAAUUCUUCAGUCUCUAUAAUUGUGCUAGGAGCUAUUACAGGGAUAUUUUAUGUCUUCUUUACUGCUUACUUAAUAAUGAAAUUAUACUUACUCACUCGCUCAUAAGUUCGCAAAGCUUUGACGAAUUAACUUUUUCAAAAUUUAUACUAAAUUUUUUUGUGUGUAAAAUUAAAAUCCAAGUUGUUUAAAAGUGAAAAGAAUUAGCUGGAGAUUUUAUAUAAUAAUCAUUACUUAUAUAUAAUUUUUUUCUCAAUAGUUUUGCUUGUUAACGAAGGGGAAGUUAGGAAGACAGCUAUUGGUUUAUAAUGAAGGUGGACUCAACAUUGACUAUUAA